CGGAGGGAAGUUUGUGUCAGCCAAUGGAACUUCGUAUUUUGACGAGCAUUUCAUGCGUAAGCACGCGAAGGACGCAGCCAAGUUCAAGGCCGAAACACCCAAGUCUUGGCACGACUCUAUGGGGGAAAAACUGGCCGCGGUUAUCUCGCUGCCAGCGUAUAAAAUGUGGAGAAGCCAGUGGAAAGACCCCGAGGCUAUACUAUAUAUCGCCCCCAGUACGGCACUCCGUGCGAAGGAUCUGGAGGCCUUGGAGAUCGCAUUAUUGGAAGACCCAACUUUUGAGGAAAUAUACAUUGAGGGUUACAGGGUUACGAGGCGAUGGAUGGAGGCGGCGGUGGAAUAUGUCUCCUAAGACGAAUUUAACCACAGGAGA